AUGGAAAAGGGUCGCGUGGUGGUGUUGGACAACGGCGGGGCCACGUGCAAGAUAGGCUUCGGAGGGGAGGCGGAGCCGGUGAAGGUCAUACCUAACUUCGUGGCCAAGGCCAAGGGCCUGAAACGGCCGUUUGUUGCUGACCUAGUCGACACAUGUCCCGACAUCAAGGGUUUGGGCGUGCUGAGGCCCGUUGACCGGGGCUACGUAGUCAAAUGGGACCUGCAACGAACCAUCUGGGACCGAGCCUUCUCCGGUAUUCUCAAGGUGCAGCCGUCCAGCACGUCCCUAUUGGUAUCAGAGCCGCUAUUUACCCUCCCGGGCAUCCAGCGCAGCAUGGCAGAACUCGCCUUUGAGCACUUUGCCUUCCGCUCCUACCUCCCCGUGCCCUCCCCCGUGCUCGCGUACCGCCAUGAGUCAUCCACGCUCCGUGACUCUCCACCACCACCAACGCCAUCAUUACUUGCCACGUCAUCAGCCGCUGCUGCCAGCUCAGCAUCUGCAGCUGCCAGCUCAGCAAUGGCGGUAGAGGCGGGCUGUGGGCUGGUGGUGGAUGCCGGCUUCUCCUUCACGCAUGCCGUGCCCAUCUGGAACAACAGACCGCUGCUCCAGGCUGUCAGGCGCAUGAACGUGGGCGGCAAGGCACUGACAAAUGUGUUGAAGGAGGCGGUGUCGUACCGCGCAUGGAACAUGAUGGACGAGACACUCAUCAUGGACCAUGCCAAGGAGCAACUGUGCUUCGUCUCGCUCUUCCCCACACGCCACCUCCCCUUGGCCAGGAAACGGGAUGCCAGCAACAUAUUCCGGGCAGAGUACUUGCUGCCCGACGGGGUGGCUCUUCUGCGCGGGCAGGUGAAAGACCGUGCGGCAGCGAUGCGGGCAGUGAAGGCUCAGGAGGAGCUGUGGGAGCAGCACUUAGCAGAGGAGGUGGAGGAGGUUGAGGAGGCAAGGGGAGCGAGAGGGAGGAAACGAGGUGGGGCUUUGCUAGAGGGUAGGACAAGGCGUGGGAGCGAUGGGGUGGAUAGAAGGGACGAAGAUGGGGAGAUGGGGAGGAAGAGAGGGAGAAGCGGGUGGGAGGGGGAGCGGGAGGUCGUGGAGGGAGGUGGGGGGCAGCAGCAAGGCGGCAGGGGUGGGGGUGGUGGGGUUGCUGGUGGGGAUGAUGAGGAAGACGAGGAGGAGGAUGAGGACUGGGAUGAGAGGAAAGGGCGAGGGAAGGCGAAAGGUGGUGCUGGUGCUGCCGGUAGCGGUGGUGGUACCAGUGGUGGUGGCAGUGGUGGUGGUGGUGGGGCGAGUGCUGUGAUGCUACCACCGGCCAACAGCAGAGGCGCUGCUGCUGCUGCUGGUGGUGGUGGUUCGGGCAACAGGAAUGGAGGAGGCAGCAGCGAGCAGCCGGUGAGUGGAGUGGUGGAGCUAUCACUGGCAUCGGAGCGCUUCAUGGUGCCCGAGGGCCUCUUCCACCCGUCUGACUUGGGUGUCAGCCAGGCAGGGCUAGCAGAGACCAUAGUGGCGGCUGUGAGCGCUGCUCCUCGAGUCAUCCAACCCCUGCUCUACUCCAACAUUGUACUGGUGGGCGGCAGCUGUCAGUUCCCUUUCUUCAAGGAGCGACUGGCGUUGGAGCUGCGACCCCUUGUGCCCGACUCUCUACCUAUUAACAUCUCUAUCUCCCACAG